CGAUAAUUUAAUUAUCUUCCCCACCGUGUAAUUUAAACUCAUUGGGCUGUUCAAAUACGAUACACCCUGUUUUAUUUCUUAUCCUGGAAUAAAAUAUCGAUAAUUGUAUGCAUUAAAUUGAUAUCUGCACAAUCUUUAAUGUGUAUUUGCGAAAAGUGCAUAGGCUGAGAAUUUUUCAAUUUGAAUUUUAAAUAUUCUAACGUUUCAUCAAGGAUAAAAAGAAAAUGUCACAAGUUGAACAAAAGCGCGCUUUUAAUAAACUCAAACACGAUUUGGAGCCAUGGCGUAAUAUAAUUGUUAUUUUAGACAGCAUUUUGACUUGGGAGAAGACAUUUUAUCCGGCUACAAUUUUCGGCGCCGUAAGCAUUUUAUUCAUCACUUUGUGGUUCUUGGAUUUAUCAAUUGUAACCAUGCUAGCACUAUUGGGUCUUUUAACUUUCGGUUUUGAUUCGUUCUAUCCAUUUAUUUCGAAAUUUUUGUUUUCUCCCGAUAACUGGGAUGGUAAACAAGAAGCUCGAUUCGAACGCGCAUGCAAUGAAAUAUGUUCCAUUAAGAUGUCUAUUCAGAAUUGCUAUGAAUUUCUUUUUAUUGCAAAAGAACGUAGAUCAACUGCAUAUGCAAUUAUUUUGAGCAUUGCUUUGCUUGCAUUGGCUUGGAUUGGUGCAGUUAUCAAUAACUUGUUGUUAGUAUACACUUUAGUGCUCAUAUUAACUUUGUAUCCCGGUAUACGUGAGAAAGCAGUUUUUAACAAUGUGAAAGAGAAAUUUGGGGACGUGGUUUCUACAAAGAUACAACAAAUUUCUGAUAAAGUUAUGAAAAAUGAAUAAGCAUUAAUAUAUUUAAAAAAAAUAAGAAAAACUCAUUACUACAGUUAAGUCAUCAAUUUCGUAUUUAUUUUAUUCUUUAUACUACAUAUAUAUUUAAAUACUUAAAAGAUAAGUUAUGCACAUAUUUUAUUUAUGAAAUCUAACAUUGACCAAAGUCUCAUUAAAUUAAUUUAAUCACGUAAAUCUGAUAUAAAUUUAUAUAUUGAUUUAUUACCAAUAUAUUAAAAUAGUCUUAAGACAUAUGCCAUUAAAGAAUCUUAUAUAGUGCUGAAUGUAAUUAUUUCAGCAAACUAAGUUGAUAAUUAUAAUAAACUAAUCUCAUAUUAGUCACAAAUUUAUUGUUUAUGUUAAAAUUUAAUUAAGUAGUAUAUAUGUGUGAUUUAUUUAAACUUGGAUUAAGAAUAUGCUUAGCAUAAGAUUCUAAACAUAUAAAGCAUCUGUCAUAAUAUCAUACCAUGUGUGUCAUUAUAUUAUGCCUACAAAUCUUAAAAUGAUUGAACAGAAUUAAAUUGCGUUAAUAAAAAAUAAUAAAUGCAUUUUUUUGGUAGAUAUAUUACUAUUGUAAGUAUAAAGAUCUUCAAAAC